AUGCGGUACUUUAAUGUCAUGAUUCUUGGUCCAACACAGUUUCCUUAUGAAGGAGGGAUUUUCAAGCUGGAAUUGUUUUUGCCUGAAGAAUACCUAAUGGCUGCCCCCAAGAGAAAUUCUCAGAGAAAUUUGGUGGACGAAUCUGCAAACAUCAAUAUCAGUUCCAGAGAAAUUCAAAAUUUCUCUGAAGAUAAAUUCGGAAAAAACAUAUGGCCUUCCAUUGAUAAUAACCACACAAGCUCGAUGAAGCUCGGCUUAUUGAUAGCAAUGAGGCCUGUUUGUUUCUUCAUCCUUCUGGAUGCUACUCAUGUAAAAAUAGCUAAGAAAUUUUAUGGCCAUGACAUCCAAUACCGAUACUCUACGAUCAAUACCGUUACAUUACACGAUACUGGAAUUCAGAACCAUGAUUGGGAUUGCUUGGUGGCCCCAGUACUGUUCCAAGCAUUAUCAACAAUUCCACACUUGUCACAUAUUUCGUAUAUCGGAGCGGAUGGUUUGCUCUUCUCAUACUACACCAAUGGCUAUCAAACAUUAGCAGUGUAUGCUAAUUCUUCAUUGUUUGUCAAUGUGAGUGCCCCAAUAGCCAUAAAACAGUACACUCAGCCGGUGAAUUGCAGCACUGGAAAGCUAUAUGGAGAAGCUGUUCCUGUUAGGUCACAUCCUUCAUUUACAUUUAAUGGAAGCUGGUUGCAAAAGGCCUUGGUUAGUACAAAUGGGCAUGUUUCAUUAGGAACUGGGUGGGAAAACGAUCAAGAUCUUCAGUUUUUCAAUACAGCUGCUAUGGAUGAUAGAAGAGGAGCUCUCUCUCUAGGGUUUCCAGUGAAACCAUUGGCUGGCUUUUUCUCUGGGAUAGACUUUCAUGGUGGGAACUUGUAUUUUGCUACAAAAGAUGGGACAUCAUUAAUUGAGCAAGAACUGAGGUCGAAUUCCCACAAUGUCAGCCAUGAAGUGCUAUCAGAAAUCGAAAAAACUGCAUACUUGUUAUCUCCAGUGAAUUCAUCGGCAACAAAUUUAGCAAGAAUUUUGAGUUCAUCAUUGGAUGGAGUGAACCUUUCAUUCUCUACCAUUGAAACUGAUGUGGCCCCAGUACUGUUCCAAGCAUUAUUAACAAUUCCACACUUGUCACAUAUUACGUAUAUCGGAGCGGAUGGUUUGCUCUUCUCAUACUACACCAAUGGCUAUCAAACGUUAGCAGUGUAUGCUAAUUCUUCAUUGUUGGUCAAUGUGAGUGCCCCAAUAGCCAUAAAACAGUACACUCAGCCGGUGAAUUGCAGCACUGGAAAGCUAUAUGGGGAAGCUGUUCCUGUUAGGUCACAUCCUUCAUUUACAUUUAAUGGAAGCUGGUUGCAAAAGGCCUUGGUUAGUACCAAUGGGCAUGUUUCAUUAGGAACUGGGUGGGAAAACGAUCAAGAUCUUCUGUUUUUCAAUACAGCUGCUAUGGAUGAUAGAAGAGGAGCUCUCUCUCUAGGGUUUCCAGUGAAACCAUUGACUAGCUUUUUCUCUGGGAUAGACUUUCAUGGUGGGAACUUGUAUUUUGCUACAAAAGAUGGGACAGUACUGGCUAGUCAAGGGAUUCCUAAUACUCGUGUUGUUCUUGUUGGGGAUUCGGUUUCAUUUGAAUCGUUGAAUCCGAAUGGAACUCAAAUAGGUCUUGUUGUUAAUGUUUCAUGCAAAACUGAUGAUGAUGACCAUGGCACAUUGAGAGCAUCCAUGUUGAGCAUUUGGGAAACCAAGUAUAAGGUUUACUGUUCACCACUUGACAUCGUUGGAGUGAAAUCGUGGUGGUUGGUUUUUGUGUUCUUACUUCUGAGAGGAGCAAGAAGAGAGAUGUACUUAUGUGCAACACUUAUAAAACAAAUGGAAGCAACUCAACGAGCAGAAAGGAAGAGUUUGAAAAAGAUCUUAGCAUUUGCAAGUGCAAGCCAUGAUGUCCGUGCUUUGCUCGCAGGCAUUACCGGUUUGAUAGAUAUGUGCCAUGAUGAAGUUACGCCUGAAUCAUACUUGGAGAAAAAUUUGAUGCAAAUGGAGGAUUGUACAAAAGAUCUUUUGGGUAUUUUGAAUUCAAUUCUUGAUACAAGUAAAAUUGAAGCUGGAAAAAUGCAACUUGAAGAAAAAGAAAUUGACUUGGCUCAACUGCUGGAAGAUGUAGUUGAUCUGUAUCAUCCUCUUGGCACGAAAAAAGGUGUAGAUGUGGUUUUGGAUCCUUGUGAUAGCUCUGUCACCAAAUUUUCAAAGGUUAAAUGUGAUCAGACCAAACUCAAACAGAUAUUCUGCAACUUACUGAGCAAUGCUGUCAAAUUUACAUCUGAGGGACAUGUGGUGGACGAUACAGGACCAGGAAUUCCAAAAGAGAAGCAUAAUUCUGUUUUUGAAAACUAUGUUCAAGUCAAAGGGACAGGUCUUGCACCAGAAGGCACUGGCUUGGGGCUUGGUAUUGUUCAAUCUCUGGUCCGUCUAAUGGGUGGUGAAAUCAGUAUUGCAGACAAGGAAAUUGGCGAAAAGGGGACCUGCUUCAGGUUUAAUAUUUUCGUUACUAUGUAUGAGACGACAGAUUCAAGCGCUAAUGCAAGAGAAGAUGAUGUUGAGUCACAGGGCGGUUACAUAUCUUGUGAUUCAUCUGAACAUUCGAGGCCACUGAGCACCCGCACCACCAGCCCUAAACCGGAGGGAUCACAUGUUGUACUCUUUAUUGAAAGUGAAACGCGACAGAGGAUUUCACAGAAAGUCAUGGAAAGACUAGGGAUAAAAGUGUCUGCUGUGAGAGAUUGUGAGCAACUUUCACAUACCCUAAAGAAGCUAAAACAGAAGCUAAACCUCUCACACUACAGUUCUUUGGGUAGAUCAGAUUUGAGUUUGGGCAGUCUCAGCAGACCCAUGUCGCGUGAUUCCAGUACCAGAGCCAAGGAAGUCCUAUUAAGUGCAUUAGAUGGGACAAACAACAUACCAAAUUUUCAGAAAAGGACUAAUCUGAAAGGUGCGUUAAAUUUCAUACUAAUUGUGAUCGAUACAAGGGCCAGUCCAUUUCAAGAACUAAGCAGGGCAGUGGUAGAGUUCAAAAGAGACCUUCAACAUACUUGUUGUAGAAUUGUUUGGAUCGAUAAACCUGGCGCACAUAGCAUCCAUUCAAAAGGACUCGACUUGGAUAAGCUCCCUCCUACUGAUUUGAUCAUAUCUAAGCCUUUCCAUGGUUCUCGAUUGAAUCAUGUGAUCGGACUUCUACCAGAGUUUGGGGGCACUUUGCCCGAUAUUUCACCCAGAAAAAGGAGACAAGACGAUCUUCAACUUGAAAAAAUUCCUUCAGGAUUGCACUUUUCAACGAAUGAGAAUCAUAUGAUUUCAAAAUCGAAGAGUGGUGAGAGGCCCUCUAGUGGGAAGGAAGUUUUGGGUUCAGGUGACAAGCUCGCAGUCAAACCAGUUGGAGAAAUAAAGGAACAUGGUGGGACAAGCAGUGAGAAGCCUUUGAGUGGGAAGAAAGUAUUGGUUGCAGAGGACAAUGCAGUGUUACUUAAGCUGGCUGCCACUAAUAUUUCAAAGCUUGGUGCAGAUGUUGAAACAUGUAGAAAUGGUGAAGAAGCUUUUGAAAUAGUCUGCAAAGGUCUAAGGGAUCGAAGGAAAGAUGGAGGUUCUGCAUUUCUUCCUUAUGACUAUAUUUUGAUGGACUGUGAGAUGCCGAUAUUGGAUGGGUUCACAGCAACAAGACGAAUACGGGAGGAGGAGAAACAUUAUGGUGUUCGCAUACCCAUCAUAGCACUCACUGCUCAUACAGCUGGGGAGGAAGCAGGUAGUGUUGGAAAAAAAUGA